UUGCAGAGGGAGGAGGCGGGCGAGGCGGAAGGACACACGAGGCUGCUUCGCUGCACACCCGAGAAAGUUUCGGCAAAACUUCGGGCGGCGGCUGAGGUGGCGGCCCAGGAGUUGCGGCCUUGGGGUACAGGGAGUGGAGGCAUUGAAGCUGAGCUUCGGGGCGCAGCGCGAGGCCGUGAGCCGCAAAAGCAGGAGCAGGGGAGGAGAAAGUGGGGGCUUCUCUGUCGGGACCCCCUUCCCAUGUGGAUCUGCCCAGGCGGCGGCGGCGGAGGAGGAGGCGACCGAGAAGAUGCCCGCCCUGCGCCCGGCUCAGCUGUGGGCGCUGCUGGCGCUCUGGCUGUGCCGCGCGGCCCCCGCCCGUGCAUUGCAAUGUCGGGACGGCUAUGAGCCCUGUGUAAAUGAAGGAAUAUGUGUUACCUACCACAAUGGCACAGGAUACUGCAAGUGUCAAGAGGGCUUCUUGGGAGAAUAUUGUCAACAUCGAGACCCUUGUGAGAAGAACCGCUGCCAGAAUGGUGGGACAUGUGUGGCCCAGGCCAUGUUGGGGAAAGCCACAUGUCGCUGUGCCUUGGGGUUCACGGGCGAGGACUGCCAGUACUCGACCACUCACCCCUGCUUUGUGUCUCACCCCUGCCUGAAUGGAGGCACUUGCCACGUACUUAGCCGGGAUGCCUAUGAGUGCACCUGCCAAGUGGGUUUUACAGGUAAGCUGUGCCAAUGGACUGAUGCCUGCCUGUCUCAUCCCUGUGCAAAUGGAAGUACCUGUACCACUGUGGCCAACCAGUUCUCCUGUAAAUGCCUUGGAGGCUUCACAGGGCAGAAGUGUGAGACUGAUGUCAAUGAGUGUGAAAUUCCUGGACAAUGCCAGCAUGGUGGCACUUGCCUCAACCUACCUGGUUCCUAUCAAUGCCAGUGCCCCCAGGGUUUCACAGGCCAGCACUGUGACAGCCCUUAUGUGCCCUGUGCACCCUCCCCCUGUGUCAAUGGAGGCACCUGCCGGCAGACUGGUGACUUCACUUUUGAGUGCAACUGCCUUCCAGGUUUUGAAGGGAACACCUGUGAACGGAAUAUUGAUGACUGCCCUAACCACAAGUGUCAGAAUGGAGGGGUUUGUGUGGAUGGUGUUAAUACGUACAACUGCCGCUGCCCGCCUCAGUGGACAGGACAGUUCUGCACAGAGGAUGUAGACGAAUGCUUGCUGCAACCCAAUGCAUGUCAGAAUGGGGGCACCUGUACCAACCGCAAUGGGGGCUAUGGCUGUGUAUGUGUUAACGGCUGGAGCGGAGAUGACUGCAGUGAGAACAUUGAUGACUGUGCCUUCGCCUCCUGCACUCCGGGCUCCACCUGCAUUGACCGAGUGGCUUCCUUCUCUUGCAUGUGCCCAGAAGGAAAGGCAGGUCUCCUAUGCCACCUGGAUGAUGCAUGCAUCAGCAAUCCUUGCCACAAGGGGGCACUGUGUGAUACCAACCCCCUGAAUGGGCAGUAUAUCUGCACCUGCCCACAAGGCUACAAAGGGGCUGACUGUACAGAAGAUGUGGAUGAGUGUGCCAUGGCCAAUAGCAAUCCUUGUGAGCAUGCAGGAAAAUGCGUGAACACAGAUGGCGCCUUCCACUGUGAGUGCCUGAAGGGUUAUGCAGGGCCUCGUUGUGAGAUGGACAUCAACGAGUGCCAUUCUGACCCCUGCCAGAAUGAUGCCACCUGUCUGGAUAAGAUUGGAGGCUUCACAUGUUUGUGCAUGCCAGGUUUCAAAGGUGUGCAUUGUGAAUUGGAGAUAAACGAAUGUCAAAGCAACCCUUGUGUGAACAAUGGGCAGUGUGUGGAUAAAGUCAAUCGCUUCCAGUGUCUGUGUCCGCCUGGUUUCACUGGACCAGUUUGCCAGAUUGAUAUUGAUGACUGUUCCAGUACUCCGUGUCUGAAUGGGGCAAAGUGUAUUGAUCACCCGAAUGGCUAUGAAUGCCAGUGUGCCACAGGUUUCACCGGUGUGUUGUGUGAGGAAAACAUCGACAACUGUGACCCUGACCCUUGCCACCAUGGCCAGUGUCAGGACGGGAUUGAUUCCUACACCUGCAUCUGCAAUCCUGGGUACAUGGGCGCCAUCUGCAGUGACCAGAUAGAUGAGUGUUACAGCAGCCCCUGCUUGAAUGAUGGUCGCUGCAUCGACCUGGUAAAUGGAUACCAGUGCAACUGCCAGCCAGGCACGUCAGGUGUUAAUUGUGAAAUCAAUUUUGAUGACUGUGCAAGUAAUCCUUGUGUCCAUGGAGUCUGUAUGGAUGGUGUUAAUCGUUACAGUUGUGUCUGCUCACCAGGAUUCACAGGGCAGAGAUGUAACAUUGACAUUGAUGAGUGUGCUUCCAAUCCCUGUCGCAAAGGUGCGACAUGCAUCAACGAUGUGAAUGGUUUCCGCUGUAUAUGCCCUGAGGGACCCCAUCACCCCAGCUGCUACUCACAGGUGAACGAGUGCCUGAGCAAUCCCUGCAUCCACGGAAACUGUACUGGGGGCCUCAGUGGGUACAAGUGCCUCUGUGAAGCAGGCUGGGUUGGCAUCAACUGUGAAGUGGACAAAAAUGAAUGUUUUUCUAACCCAUGCCAAAAUGGAGGAACUUGUGACAAUCUGGUGAAUGGAUACAGGUGUACCUGCAAGAAGGGUUUCAAAGGCUUUAAUUGUCAGGUGAAUAUUGAUGAAUGUGCUUCAAAUCCAUGUCUGAACCAGGGAACCUGCUUUGAUGACAUAAGUGGCUACACUUGCCAAUGUGUGCUACCAUACACAGGCAAGAACUGUCAGACUGUAUUGGCUCCCUGUUCCCCAAAUCCUUGUGAGAAUGCUGCUGUUUGCAAAGAGGCACCAAAUUUUGAGAGUUACACCUGCCUGUGUGCUCCUGGCUGGCAAGGUCAGCGGUGUACAAUUGACAUUGAUGAGUGUGUCUCCAAGCCUUGCAUGAACCAUGGUCUCUGCCAUAAUACCCAGGGCAGCUACAUGUGCGAGUGUCCUCCAGGCUUCAGUGGCAUGGACUGUGAGGAGGACAUCGAUGACUGCCUUGCCAAUCCUUGCCAGAAUGGAGGUUCCUGUGUAGAUGGAGUGAAUACUUUCUCCUGCCUGUGCCUUCCGGGCUUCAUUGGGGAUAAAUGUCAGACAGACAUGAAUGAGUGUCUGAGCGAACCCUGUAAGAAUGGAGGGACCUGCUCCGACUAUGUCAGCAGUUAUACUUGCAAGUGCCAGGCGGGAUUUGAUGGAAUCCACUGUGAGAACAACAUCGACGAGUGCACUGAGAGCUCCUGUUUCAAUGGCGGCACAUGUGUUGAUGGGAUUAACUCCUUCUCUUGUUUGUGCCCUGUGGGCUUCACUGGCUCCUUCUGCCUCCAUGAGAUCAAUGAAUGCAACUCUCACCCCUGCCUGAAUGAAGGAAGAUGUGUCGAUGGCCUGGGUACCUACCGCUGCAUCUGCUCCUUGGGCUACACUGGGAAAAACUGUCAGACCCUGGUGAACCUUUGUAGUCGGUCUCCAUGUAAAAACCAAGGUACUUGCAUUCAGGAAAAAGCAGAGUCCCGGUGCCUGUGUCCGUCUGGAUGGGCUGGUGCUUACUGUGACGUGCCCAAUGUCUCCUGUGAGGUGGCGGCCGACCGCAGAGGGGUACCCGUUGACCGCUUGUGUCAGCACUCAGGCAUCUGUAUCAGUGCUGGCAACUCGCAUCACUGCCAGUGCCCUCUAGGCUACACAGGGAGCUACUGUGAGGAGCAGCUCAAUGAGUGCUCGUCCAAUCCCUGCCAGCACGGAGCCACCUGCAGCGACUUCAUUGGCGGAUACAGAUGUGAGUGUGUCCCAGGAUAUCAGGGUGUCAAUUGUGAGUAUGAAGUGGAUGAGUGCCAGAAUCAGCCAUGCCAGAAUGGAGGCACGUGUAUCGACCUUGUGAACCAUUUCAAGUGCUCCUGCCCACCAGGCACUCGGGGCCUGCUUUGUGAAGACAACAUUGACGACUGUGCUGGGGGUCCCCACUGUCUUCAUGGUGGUCAGUGUGUGGAUAGGAUUGGGGGCUACAGUUGUCGCUGCUUGCCUGGCUUUGCCGGAGAGCGGUGUGAGGGGGACAUCAAUGAGUGCCUCUCCAGCCCCUGCAGCUCUGAGGGCAGCUUGGACUGCAUACAGCUCAUCAACGACUACCUGUGUGUCUGCCACAGGGCCUUCACCGGUCGUCACUGUGAAACUUUCAUCGAUGUGUGUCCCCAGAUGCCUUGCCUUAAUGGAGGCACUUGUGCUGUGGCCAGCAACAUGCCUGAUGGUUUCAUUUGUCGUUGUCCCCCGGGAUUCUCCGGGGCAAGAUGCCAGAGCAGCUGUGGACAAGUGAAGUGUAGGAGAGGGGAGCAGUGUGUGCACACGGCCUCAGGACCCCGCUGCUUCUGCCCCAACCCCCAGGACUGCGAGUCCAGCUGUGCCAGUAACCCCUGCCAGCAUGGGGGCAGCUGCUACCCUCAGCGCCAGCCUCCUUACUACUCGUGCCAGUGCUCUCCACCAUUCUGGGGCAGCCGCUGUGAACUCUACACAGCCCCCACUAGCACCCCGCCUGACACCUGUCUGAGCCAGUAUUGUGCUGACAAAGCUCGUGAUGGCGUCUGCGAUGAGGCCUGCAACAGCCACGCCUGCCAAUGGGAUGGGGGUGACUGUUCCCUCACUAUGGAGAACCCCUGGGCCAACUGCUCCUCCCCACUUCCCUGCUGGGAUUACAUCAACAACCAAUGUGAUGAGCUGUGCAACACGGCUGAGUGCCUAUUUGACAAUUUUGAAUGCCAGGGGAACAGCAAGACAUGCAAGUAUGACAAAUACUGUGCAGACCACUUCAAAGACAACCAUUGUGACCAGGGAUGCAACAGCGAGGAGUGUGGCUGGGAUGGACUAGACUGUGCUGCUGACCAGCCAGAGAACCUGGCAGAGGGUACCCUGGUAAUUGUCGUGCUGAUGCCACCUGAACAACUACGUCAGGAUGCCCGCAGCUUCUUGCGGGCACUGGGCACUCUGCUCCACACCAACCUGCGCAUUAAGCGGGACUCCCAGGGGGGCCUCAUGGUCUAUCCCUAUUAUGGUGAGAAGUCAGCUGUUGUGAAGAAACCGAGGAUGACACGCAGGUCCCUUCCUAGUGAUGAAGAACAGGAGGUGGCUGGCUCUAAGGUAUUUCUGGAAAUUGACAACCGGCAGUGUGUUCAAGAUUCAGACCAGUGCUUCAAGAACACAGAUGCAGCAGCAGCUCUUCUGGCUUCUCAUGCCAUCCAGGGGACCCUGUCGUACCCUCUUGUGUCUGUCGUCAGUGAAUCCUUGACUCCAAAACGCACUCAGCUUCUCUAUCUACUUGCUGUUGCUGUUGUCAUCAUCCUGUUUAUUAUCCUGCUGGGGGUUAUCAUGGCAAAACGAAAGCGUAAGCAUGGCUCCCUCUGGCUGCCUGAAGGUUUCACCCUUCGCCGAGACUCCAGCAAUCACAAGCGUCGUGAGCCAGUGGGACAGGAUGCCGUGGGGCUGAAGAAUCUCUCAGUGCAAGUCUCAGAGGCUAACCUAAUUGGUUCCGGAACAAGUGAACAUUGGGUCGAUGAUGAAGGGCCACAGCCAAAGAAAGCCAAGGCUGAAGAUGAGGCUUUACUCUCAGAAGAAGAUGACCCCAUUGAUCGACGUCCAUGGACACAGCAGCACCUUGAAGCUGCAGAUAUCCGUAGGACACCAUCGUUGGCUCUCACUCCCCCGCAGGCAGAGCAGGAGGUGGAUGUGCUGGACGUGAAUGUCCGUGGCCCAGAUGGGUGCACUCCACUGAUGCUGGCUUCUCUCCGAGGAGGCAGCUCAGAUAUGAGUGAUGAAGAUGAAGAUGCAGAGGACUCUUCUGCCAACAUCAUCACAGACUUGGUCUACCAGGGUGCCAGCCUCCAGGCCCAGACAGACCGGACUGGUGAGAUGGCCCUGCACCUUGCAGCCCGCUACUCAAGAGCUGAUGCUGCCAAGCGUCUGCUGGAUGCAGGUGCAGAUGCCAAUGCCCAGGACAACAUGGGCCGCUGCCCUCUCCAUGCUGCAGUGGCAGCUGAUGCACAAGGUGUCUUCCAGAUUCUGAUCCGCAACCGAGUAACUGAUCUAGAUGCUAGGAUGAAUGAUGGUACCACACCCCUGAUCCUGGCUGCCCGCCUGGCUGUGGAGGGAAUGGUGGCAGAACUGAUCAACUGCCAAGCAGAUGUGAAUGCAGUGGAUGACCAUGGAAAAUCUGCUCUUCACUGGGCAGCUGCUGUCAAUAAUGUGGAGGCGACCCUUUUGCUGUUGAAAAAUGGGGCCAACCGAGACAUGCAGGACAACAAGGAAGAGACACCUCUGUUUCUUGCUGCCCGGGAGGGGAGCUAUGAAGCAGCCAAGAUUCUCUUAGACCAUUUUGCCAAUCGGGACAUCACAGACCAUAUGGAUCGUCUUCCUCGGGAUGUGGCUCGGGACCGCAUGCACCAUGACAUUGUCCGCCUCCUGGACGAGUACAAUGUGACACCAAGCCCUCCAGGCACUGUGCUGACUUCUGCUCUUUCACCUGUCAUCUGUGGGCCCAACAGAUCUUUCCUCAGUCUGAAGCACACCCCAAUGGGCAAGAAGCCUAGACGGCCCAAUGCCAAGAGUGCCAUGCCCACUAGCCUCCCUAACCUUGCCAAGGAGACCAAGGAUGCCAAGGGUAGUAGGAGGAAGAAGUCUCUGAGUGAUAAGGGCCAGCUCUCUGAGAGCUCAGUGACUUUAUCCCCUGUUGAUUCCCUAGAAUCUCCUCACACAUAUGUUUCUGACACCACAUCCUCUCCAAUGAUUACAUCUCCUGGAAUCUUACAGGCUUCACCCAACCCUAUGUUGGCCACUGCUGCACCCCCUGCCCCAGUUCAUGCGCAGCAUGCACUCUCUUUCUCUAACCUUCAUGAGAUGCAGCCUUUGUCUCAUGGGGCCAGCACUGUGCUGCCCUCAGUGAGCCAGCUGCUGUCCCACCACCACAUUGUUCCCCCAGGCAAUGGCAGUGCAGGGAGCUUGGGUAGGCUACAUCCAGUCACUGUGCCAGCAGAUUGGAUGAACCGCAUGGAGAUGAAUGAGACCCAGUACAAUGAGAUGUUUGGUAUGGUCCUGGCUCCAGCUGAGGGCACCCACCCUGGCAUAGCUCCCCAGAGCAGGCCACCUGAAGGGAAGCAUAUAACUACCCCUCGGGAGCCCUUGCCCCCCAUUGUGACUUUCCAGCUAAUCCCCAAAGGCAGUAUUGCCCAGCCAGCUGGGGCUCCCCAGCCUCAGUCCAACUGCCCUCCUGCUGUUGCAGGCCCCCUGCCCACCAUGUACCAGAUUCCAGAAAUGGCUCGUUUGCCCAGUGUGGCAUUCCCCACUGCCAUGAUGCCCCAGCAGGAUGGGCAGGUUGCUCAAACCAUUCUGCCAGCCUAUCAUCCUUUUCCAGCCUCUGUGGGCAAGUAUCCCACACCCCCUUCACAGCAUAGUUAUGCUUCCUCGAAUGCUGCUGAGCGAACACCCAGUCACAGUGGUCACCUCCAGGGUGAACAUCCCUACCUGACACCAUCCCCAGAAUCUCCUGACCAGUGGUCAAGUUCAUCACCCCACUCUGCUUCUGACUGGUCAGAUGUGACCACCAGCCCUACUCCUGGGGGUGCUGGAGCAGGUCAGCGGGGACCUGGGACACAUAUGUCUGAGCCACCACGCAGCAACAUGCAGGUUUACGCAUGAAAAAGUCUGCCUCCAGUUUAGGGACAGAACUGCCUAUUGUAAAUGCUGCUGAGGAACAAAUGAAGGUCAUCCGGGAGAGAAAUGAAGAAAUCUCUGGAACCAGCCUCUGGAGGCAGAAGAGAGGAGAUGCUCUUACCUUUUAGAUAAUGCAAGGGAAGCAAUUUUAUCAGCUUCACUGGCUAUAUGCAGAGUUUUGUAGGGGAGAGACAUGGCUCCUUCUAGUCUCUUGCCCAUCAAGCCAAGUUCAUGGAAAUGCAAGAUGAAUACAAGACUUGGGACCAUGUUUACUCUCUUCUAUUUGGAGACUAGGAUGGAUGGAUGCCUGUUGUAGCCCAGACAGUCUUGCAGCUUAGACUGCAUUUUAAGCCCUGGGGGCUUCUGCCAUAUCCAUGAGAAGAUUCUAUAGUAGAGUCCUACUGGGAACUGUGCCCUGGAAUUCUGCCUGAGUUGAGUUAUCUCAUCUUCUCAUCCUUGGAAAUUCUUUUGACUUCAUUUGGUGCUUUAAUUUUUGCACCUUUCUAUGGUUGUAGCCACACCAGCAUGUUCUAGGGCAAGACCUUUGUGCUUUUACUCAUUCCUGCUCUGGAAAGCAACUUCAGCCUCCUUUUUCCCCUCCUCCUUUCCCAGUGCCCCUAGGAGUCUCACAGGGUUUACUUUGGUUAUGGUUCUCAGCAUAAACCUUUCAGGUAUGUUUCUUUAGAAAAUGGACCUAUUAUACUCUCCUACAUAAUAGGACUCCCAGAAGAAGAAGGGAGCAAAAUAUAUUUCUUCGAACCCAUUUUGGGGACAGGAGACCCCUUCAAGAGGCUGCACCUUAAUUCUCUUGCCUGCAUGUGGGGCUUCAUAUAAACCUUACUAGAAAGAAGGAUAAAAAUUGGUUGUUUUCCAUUUGUGGGCCUAGUCAGGGUGACAUCUUUUCCUUGGCACCAUAGGUACUGUGACCUCCUUACAAAAACAAACAGACAGACAAAGGUUUGGAAUGUUGGAAUGACCCAGAGAUAAGCUAACUCAUGCAAGAAGUGGUUACCCACUGACAGGUCCCCCCCUUCCCUUCCUGCCAAGCAUUCCAUUGACUGCCAGCAUGAAGCACAUUUGUUCCCAGAGCUUAGAACCCUCGGCCUGCUUCACUCACUCAUCCAGCAGGUGAAGCUAGUCCUAGCUGUUGAGCUUUUCCUUCCAUCUAUCUCCACAGAAGAAAAUGUCUGAGACGAUAUUCCCUUGCCAUUUAGAACUGAACCUUCCUCAGCUCAAGGGACCCCAUGACAGUCGCCCUCCCUUCAUCAGGUGAUCACUGUCUCUACUUCUUGAUUCUCUUUCUGAUCAAAGGCCUGUUUACCAGUCUUCCCUCCACAUUGUAUGGUCUGAGUUACUGGUACACCCAGUAGGUUCUCACCGCACACAUGGAUUUUCUAUGUUCAAGUGCAGGAAAUAGAAAGUUGGCCUCGUUCUCUAGGGUCCAAGCCAGCCCUAUAAGAAGGUUGGAAAGGGAGGAACUAUGAGGCAGCCUUUGCUAUUUUUUGCUACCUUUUCUUUUCCUUUGAAGCAGUCAUGACACUGCUGUUUAGGCAAUUAACAAAGACACUUAUCAGGACACUUCCCUUUCCUAGUGUCACCUUCUAGAUGAUAAUGGACAAUUUCAGACUCACCGUCUUUCUCAUCCUCAGGUUCAGAUUGUGAUUGCAUCUCACCUGAGUCUCCUCUCUGUAUCUGUGAUCUUGGUAACUGCCUUGACCCUCUGUCAAGGGCAGAAGCAUUCCAGUCAUCACUAGAAAUAGGAGGAGAAUAGCUUUCUUCCUCUUCUCCCUGAGUCUGCUGAUAAUUGGUCCUGUGGUCACACUGUCACUUCUCCCUGUGCUAUGAUGUCAUGAAACCUGGAAAAUUAGUUCUGCCGGGCCCUUUUGUAGAUAUUAAUAGUUAAAUUCCCUACUCUGUUUUGGUUUGAAUGAUAGUCUUCAUUCCCAUUGGCUGGGAGUGUUUCUCAGUGCUUCUCACUUACCUGAUUUAUCUGUCUAUGGCCCUAUAUGGAAACCCUGUGUGUCUGUUAGCAUGGCAGUCUACAAAUGGUUUUUUGUCUUGCCCAAGUUCAUUUAACCAACAAAAAUAAUUAGUUCUGCCCUGACGUAAGCAGAUUGUUCAUUCUGUGUUUUAUUCUCUCACAUGGCAGCUCCAGCAGCCCCUUUCAUGGUGUAUGACAUUUUAUCAUUCUAAAUGGUGAUUCUCUAUCCUUGGACCCAUUUGUCAAUUCACAGAUGGGGAGAACCUAUCUGCAUGGACCACUGUGGACCCCACCACAUCUGACCCUCUCUGUCAUCCUGUUCCAGCCCCACAUCCUGAAAGUAUCAGCCUCUAAUCCAGCAGCUUGGAUCGUUUAUAGCCUCUCCCCUCCCUGAGCUCAAUGUAGGCCUAACUUGCUUGCUUCUCCUUCUUGGGAUCCUUGGGUUUUGGGGAAGGGAAUGUGAAAGCUGCCAUUACAGACAACAGGCUUCAGUGAUGAGAAGGAAGACACUGCCUUUCGAGCAUUUAUCAAUCUCCUACAUUUUAAGAGCCCUUGAGUGUAUAGAAUCUAAUAAAAGAGAAGGUAAGACGGAGAAUCACUUUCUCAUUUGGGUUCAGAAUUGGAGACUAGGUUUUUAUGGAACACAUCUUUUAUGCCGUCUAUAGGUCAUCCCCCCCCAUUUUUGGUUUAUUUUUAUUUUUAUAAGUUUUUUCCUUUGACUCCUGUCUGUCUGGGGGAUAGAUGUUUUGUUUAAUUGUUUGUUUUUUCUGUUUUGUGUUAAGCAUCGUUUUCUGACUUACAUGAUGGUGAGCGAGGGAGAGGUUUGAGGGAAAGGGAGACUGAGAGUUAAAGAUUUUAAUGUAAGCAAUCAGCUAAGAUGCUCAAGUCCAUUAUGUCAUCCUUUAUUAAAUUUGCUAGUUCACAAUUCUUGCAUAGAAAAGAACCAAAUCUGUAAUGUUUCGUUGGCAGAUGGUUUGGGGAUUUUGGCCUUAACCAGUACGUUGAAUGUAUGAUGACUGAGAGGACACGUUGAUGUGCCCUGAGACUCCCACUCGUAACUGUCUGGUACUAUGGUUCCUUCCUUGUGUACAUUUCCCUUAAAAGUGAUAUUAUAUCUGUUUGUAUGAAAAACCCAGUAACCAAUAAAAUGACUGCGUAUUCCUAACUAUACAUAGUAAGGAAAACGCACACUUUGUUUUUACUUUCAAAGUUUCAUUCUAAAAGUAGUUAAGAUGAAAUUUAUAUGAAAGCAUUUUUAUCACAAAAUAAAAAAGGUUACAUGUCAA